AAGGAAUAUGGCAGAAAGAGAUGUAGGGGUCAUAGUGGACCACAAGCUAAAUAUGAGUCAACAGUGUGAUACUGUUGCAAAAAAAGCAAACGUGAUUCUGGGAUGCAUUAACAGGUGUGUUGUAAACAAGACACGAGAAGUCAUUCUUCCGCUUUACUCUGCGCUGGUUAGGCCUCAACUGGAGUAUUGUGUCCAGUUCUGGGCACCGCAUUUCAAGAAAGAUGUGGAGAAACUGGAGAGGGUCCAGAGAAGAGCAACAAGAAUGAUUAAAGGUCUUGAGAACAUGACCUAUGAAGGAAGGCUGAAGGAAUUGGGUUUGUUUAGUUUGGAAAAGAGAAGACUGAGAGGGGACAUGAUAGCAGUUUUCAGGUAUCUAAAAGGGUGUCAUCAGGAGGAGGGAGAAAACUUGUUCACCUUAGCCUCCAAUGAUAGAACAAGAAGCAAUGGGCUUAAACUGCAGCAAGGGAGAUUUAGGUUGGACAUUAGGAAAAAGUUCCUAACUGUCAGGGUAGUUAAACACUGGAAUAGAUUGCCUAGGGAAGUUGUGGAAUCUCCAUCUCUGGAGAUAUUUAAGAGUAGGUUAGAUAAAUGUCUAUUAGGGAUGGUCUAGACAGUAUUUGGUCCUGCCAUGAUGGCAGGGGACUGGACU